UUUCCCAAACCCUCUUUCAUUUAUAAUCGUUCGCACCUGGGAGAGCCUACUUUUCUCCCUCUGUCGUCCGAUUCCAACGUUUCCCGUCGGAAACCCUAACCCUAGAUCGCUUAUUUUCUCUCUCCUACUUUUUAUUUUUCCACACUUAGGCGGCGAAAUUCACACCGAUUUCAUUCCUUUUUGCUCCUCCAUAACCUUAUUGAUUGAAAAUGGUGUCCGACGCUAGCAAGAAGAAGGCUGCUCAGAAAAAGGCAGCUGCAGCGGCGAAGAGAGGAGGAAAAGCAGCCGCUACAUCGAAAGCGGCGGUAGCAGUAGCUCAGAGUGUCGAUAAGUUAGCUGAUGGAGUUUCCGAUAUUCAGAUUUCUGAUCGGAAUUGUACUGGUGUUCUUUGCUCUCAUCCUAUGUCCAGAGAUGUUAGGAUAGAGUCUUUGUCAGUUACUUUCCAUGGACAUGAUCUGAUAGUUGACUCGAUACUGGAGCUGAAUUAUGGAAGGCGCUACGGUUUGCUGGGUUUAAAUGGUUGCGGCAAAUCUACCCUUCUCACUGCAAUAGGACUCCGUGAACUUCCCAUUCCUGAACAUAUGGAUAUCUAUCAUCUUUCUAGAGAGAUCGAAGCAUCUGACAUGUCUGCCCUUGAGGCAGUAAUGAGCUGUGAUGAGGAAAGGGUGAAGUUAGAACAGGAAGUAGAAGUAUUAUUAGCACAGGAUGAUGGAGGUGGGGAGAGACUCGAACGUGUAUAUGAGCGUCUGGAAGCUCUUGAUGUAGCUACUGCUGAGAAGCGCGCGGCUGAAAUUUUGCAUGGUCUUGGAUUUGACAAGAUGAUGCAGGCAAAGAAGACAAGAGACUUUUCUGGUGGUUGGAGAAUGAGGAUUGCAUUGGCACGGUCGUUGUUCAUGAACCCCACUAUCUUAUUGUUGGAUGAACCUACAAAUCAUCUUGACCUUGAAGCUUGUGUCUGGCUGGAGGAGAAUCUGAAGAAUUUUAGUCGCAUUUUGGUUGUGGUUUCACACUCUCAAGAUUUUUUGAAUGGUGUCUGCACAAACAUUAUACACAUGCAAAGCAAGCAAUUAAAGAUGUACACUGGUAAUUAUGACCAGUAUGUUCAGACUCGUUCUGAACUUGAAGAGAAUCAGAUGAAACAGUACAAAUGGGAGCAGGAACAAAUUUCCAACAUGAAAGAGUACAUUGCUCGGUUUGGUCACGGCUCAGCUAAGUUAGCUCGUCAAGCACAAAGUAAGGAGAAAACACUUGCAAAGAUGGAGAGGGGAGGGCUGACGGAGAAGGUCGUCAGAGACAAAGUUCUGGUUUUCCGUUUCACAGAUGUUGGAAAACUUCCCCCUCCAGUUUUGCAGUUUGUGGAUGUGUCAUUUGGCUAUACUCCAGAGCACAUUCUAUACAAGCACCUUGACUUUGGUGUUGACCUUGACUCUAGGAUUGCCUUGGUGGGUCCUAAUGGUGCUGGAAAGAGUACGCUUCUGAAGCUGAUGACAGGGGAAUUGUCUUCUACUGAAGGGACGGUGCGGCGACACAAUCACUUAAGGAUUGCCCAGUACCAUCAGCAUCUGGCAGAAAAGCUGGACUUGGAAAUGCCUGCUCUACUGUAUAUGAUGCGAGAAUAUCCAGGAACCGAAGAAGAGAAAAUGAGGUCAGCAAUUGGAAGGUUUGGGCUAUCUGGCAAAGCACAGGUCAUGCCUAUGAAAAAUUUGUCUGAUGGGCAGCGUAGCCGAGUUAUUUUUGCCUGGUUGGCUUACCGGCAACCUCAAAUGCUUUUGCUAGAUGAGCCUACUAAUCACUUGGAUAUCGAGACGAUUGAUUCAUUGGCUGAGGCAUUGAAUGAGUGGGAUGGCGGCAUGGUUCUCGUUAGUCACGAUUUCAGGCUCAUAAACCAGGUUGCCCAUGAGAUAUGGGUGUGUGAGAAUCAGACAGUCACUCGUUGGGAAGGUGAUAUCAUCGCCUUCAAGGAGCAUCUCAAGAAGAAAGCUGGAUUAGGUAACUAAAUUAGAGCUGACGAUUACUACGAUGGAUUAGCUAAUUGAUGCUUGAGGAUUAUCACAAUGGAUUAGCUAAUUUGUCGAAUGCUCUAUAAAGUACCUAUGCUGGUACCUCGACUUUUGGUUGGUCCUUAACCUCAAUGAGCUGAGCUCCUUUCCGACGUUUGGUUAGAAAUCUGCAGCAGAGCCAAGAAGGUUUUGGUUAUAAGACUUGUAGUCUCAAACCCGCAAGUUGAGCAUUACUGUGGCCCUGAAUUGAGGUGAAUUUUUGUUCUUGUUUUCUUUUUCCCCUGUGAAGACCUAUAAAACAAUCUCAGUAGUUGACUAAUGAGAGUAUUGCCAUGUAAACGAGAUCAUUCGUGAACCUCCAUGUCCAGAUUCUAUAUUACUAUAUAUUUUUGUUUAAA